UUGGCUCGGAGGCGUCCAUUCGAGUUACAAGAUGGCGGCCCCGCGCGCUCUCUUCCCCGUUCCGUAGCCGCUUCAGGCUGAGCGGAUGUCUCUUCUCCUCGGUGUCGGACUCAGAGAUACGCGGCUCCCGAGUUCUGCCGAUCACGAAGUCCCCGGAGGCGCUCGACGCACCGGAAUCUCCCAGCGGCCGCGACCGCCGCCUCGGCCCUGCUCGCCGCGGCGCCGGGACUCCAGCGUGAUCGGCGGCGGCAGUCGAGGCUCACAAACAUGGCGAAGAGAGUUGCGGAGAAGGAGUUGACCGAUAGGAAUUGGGAUGAAGAAGACGAGGCUGAAGAGAUGGGAACCUUCUCAGUGGCCAGUGAGGAGGUCAUGAAGAACAGAGCCGUAAAGAAGGCAAAGCGUAGAAACGUUGGAUUUGAAUCUGACAGUGGAGGAGCCUUUAAAGGUUUCAAAGGUUUGGUUGUGCCUUCUGGAGGAGGAGGUUUUUCUGGAUUUGGUGGCUCUGGGGGGAAGCCUCUGGAAGGACUGACGAAUGGAAACAGCACAGACAAUGCCACACCCUUCCCCAGUGCAAAGAUGGCAGCAGAGCCCAAGGCAGCCUUUGGUUCUUUUGCUGUGAAUGGCCCUACUACCUUGGUGGAUAAAAAGAUUUCGAGUCCCAAAUGCAGUAGCAGCAAUCAGCCGCCCUCCUCCGGCCCUGCCUCCAGUCCCGCCUGCACUGGGAGUGCCUAUCACAAGCAGCUGGCCGGCCUGAACUGCUCCGUGCGGGACUGGAUAGUGAAACACGUCAACACAAACCCGCUCUGUGACCUCACUCCCAUUUUUAAAGACUAUGAGAGAUACUUGGCGACGAUUGAGAAGCAGCUUGAGAAUGGAGGUGGCAGCAGUUCUGAGAGCCAGACAGAUAGGGCGACGGUUGGAAUGGAGCCUCCUUCCCUUUUUGGUUCAACAAAACUACAGCAAGAUUCACCAUUUUCAUUUCAUGGCAACAAAGCGGAGGACACAUCUGAAAAGGUGGAGUUUACAGCAGAAAAGAAAUCGGACGCAGCACAAGGAGCAACAAGUGCCUCGUUUAAUUUCGGCAAGAAAAUUGAGAGCUCAGUUUUGGGCUCGUUAAACUCCGGCUCCCUAACCGGGUUUUCGUUCUCUCCUGGAAACUCUAGUUUAUUUGGUAAAGAUGCUGCCCAAAGUAAAGCGGCCUCUUCACCGUUUCCUGCUAAAGCAUCUGAGAGUCAGGCAGGAGGCAGCAGCAGUGAGUGCAGAGAUGGUGAAGAGGAAGAGGAGGAUGAGCCACCCAAGGUAGUGGUGACCGAAGUAAAGGAAGAGGAUGCUUUCUACUCCAAAAAAUGUAAACUAUUUUACAAGAAAGACAAUGAAUUUAAAGAGAAGGGUGUGGGGACCCUGCAUUUAAAACCCACAGCAACUCAGAAGACCCAGCUCUUGGUGCGGGCAGACACCAACCUAGGGAACAUACUGCUGAAUGUUCUGAUUCCACCCAAUAUGCCGUGCACCCGAACAGGAAAAAACAAUGUCCUUAUCGUCUGUGUCCCCAACCCUCCACUUGACGAGAAGCAGCCCACUCUCCCGGUCACCAUGCUGAUUCGGGUGAAGACGAGCGAGGAUGCCGAUGAAUUGCACAAGAUUUUACUGCAGAAAAAGGAUGCCUGAGCACUGAGGCUGACCAAGGCAUGUUGCCACGUUGCUGCUUCCCCUCUGUCCCUAACUUAGUCACAUUCUUUCCUCUUCUACUGUGACAUUCUGAGAACUUCUAGGUAACUUGAACUUUUGUGAGGAAGAUUAAGGCCAAUAAAUCCUUUCAGUGUGUCGAAGCUCUUCUCCCUUCCUAAGAACUAAGCAAAAUACAUCGGAGUGAAAGUGUGGGAAGAUGUUUUUUAAUGUUGAUUCAUUGAGUAAAGUAACCUAAGUGAUUCUUAAUGGACUAUAAUCAGGGUACCAGUUAGCUCUCCAAAGGCUCCCUCAGGCAGCUGUGGGUGUCACUCUCUGCCUGCCCUGGGAGACCCAAUGGCAGUGUCCAGUGUUCCAGAAGACACCCGCCUGUUUCCCUCCUGUGGGCUUGUCUGACUGUGACUAGCACUCGUGCCAGACAGCACACCGCCACACUGUGACUGACCGUGCUUGCCCGUUCCUUCUGAGUUGGCUGUGGGUACUGGGAAUCUGUCUGUCGUCAGCCUGUCUUGGCAGGUGCUGGCCUUUGACCUGGAGCUGCUUGACUGAACCAGGAACUGCCUUUCCUUGGGAAAGGACAUGAGUGGUGGCUGGUGGGAGCUGGCGGUGUGCAGACCGGGUUUGUAGCUUAUUCAUGAGAUGUUCUUACUGCUUACCUCCCUGGUUAACAUGGAUGGGGGCUGUCAGGGAUAAUGGAGUUUAUUAAAAGCACAAAUUUGGUAGUGUUUUUAUAUCAUUUCUAUACCACAAACAAGCCUUUAUUUUAAAAGAAAAAAGUGAAAUCGUGCUGAAAAGGGUUGUGUGCUCAUGGCCAUUUGUGCCCUGCUAAGCCCUGGUGGGCACAGUCUGAAUGGAGUCCUCUCAGGAGCCGUGCGCUCAUGAGAAGGAAGCAAGAGGAUGGGAAUGGAAGACAGCUCAUUGGCCCGCAGCUUCAGACAGCAGCAUGUUAUUUGGCGUCUGAAAAACCCAUUUUUAUCUUUACUUUUUUAAGGAUGAGGUAUUAUUGAGUAUGUCCAUUUGGAAGAGAGCCAUGGUUCUACACGCUGGUCAUGUCACCUCAGAGCAGUGAGGUUACUAAUACUAGCAUUCUCUAAAGACCAGACAUGAGUUAAUGCGAGAUUUGACGACGAGCUGGUCAUGGUUCCUGCCUAAUCCCGGUGCUGGAAAAGCUGAGGCAGGAGGAUCAUGCAAGUUCACAGCAGCCUGAGCUACUUAGUUAAGACCCCCCCCCCAAUCAAAUCAAAUCAAAAGUUUGACUGUCUAAAGGUCCACUUUCAUUUCUCAUAAAACCAUUUGACACUAGGACCAGAUCUUGUGUGAAGGCUCAGGGUCAGUACCCAGGGGCGCACACUUGUGUGCUCAGAUAGUAGCACACGUGUUCCAACCUGUGCAAACAGUCACAAAAACUGAAUGGCACAGUUGCUUUCCUAAAGCCAUGGUGCCAGGUGGGCUGAAACCUGGUUAACUCUUAUUUUCACCUGGGUCUUAGUCUCACUAUGUAACCCUGGCUAGCCUUGAACUCAGAUCCACCUGCUCUGCCUCCUGAGCCCAGCUGUUCUUGAGGUGGGUUGACAGUGCUCUGUGCAUUUUGGCAUGUAUCUGCAGAUGCGUGUUUGUGCUUCUUGGUCUGUGGACCUAAGGAGAUGCUGUGCGGUUUGGGCUUUUUGUUUGUUUUGCCUUUUAGCAUGGAUAAUUGGUUCCUAGCUAGCAGGUUGCUGCUUCUGUUGCCCCUGGCCCUGGCCUCCUCACAUUGGGCUUCCCAGCUUUCCAAAGAUGAAACGAAGGGUAUGCAUUUCAGAACAGUACUGUGUAGCCACGUACCUACACGUGGGGCUGGUGUGUGUCAGGCUCACGGGCACAUUCAGGAACUUGUCUCUCCAUGGUGGCAGUGCUCUGUGAGCAUCUGCCCAUGCCUUGAAUAUUUACCAAAAGAAUAAAAGCAAAAAAGGUCGUGACUGGACUGCCUUCUAGAGCUCCCCGGCCGAUUUCAGUUGUAAAUUAGUGAGGGUGGCUUGCUUUUUUCUAACAUUCCCAGCAGCUUGCUGCUAAAGACUAUCACUUUUGGAAAUGAGAAUCACAGGGGAGAUGUGUGGUGUGACUGUAACUCAGUGUCUUGUCUUUAUGCUUCAGGAGCUAGCUCAUUGCAUCUGACCUGAGUAUGGGAAUCACUAUGAGGUCUGCGUGUCACAGGGAGGCCCCUGGAGGGCGCUUUGUUCUUCCUCCACUGUGCAUGUAGCUGGUUCCAACCCAUGGCUUAAACUUCAUUUAUGGUUUAAUGUGUUAGAAACUUGCCUCUUGUCUGUUUAAUGUGAACUGAGGUGUGUAUCUCAAGUUUGAAAAUCUCAAGUUGUGUCUUACAUUUAUGCCUGAAGGAAGUGUGUGUUCUCUGUGGUCAGGGUGCAUCUAGCAGAUGCUAAGCCUGGGCCUUCCCACAUUGUAGCUCACACUUUGACACAUUCCCAGCCCUGCCAUGUUCUCCUCAGAGAGCCUCACCGUACAAGCUGUUGGGGGCUGAUGUUCUGUUUUACCAUUUCAGUUCUAAAUCCUGUUUUUUACAUGCUGUGUGCCAAAAACAAAACAAAACAAAACAAAAAAAAUACCUCCUAUGGCAUAGAGGGGAAAUUCACCAUGCUGUCCCUACGUUUUGAACAUUAAGAAGUCUGUUCUUGCCAGUUUGUUUAUUAUGUUACUAUUUCUGAAGAUGAGAAACAGCCCCUUGAGGCUGCAGAGUACCCACUUAGACCACUGGAGUGGGAUUUUAAGGAGAGAUGGCCUGCUCUGUCACUUGUGGGUGAGGUUGGGAGUUCUUCAGGGCGUCUUUCUAGCCACAUGCUCUGUACACAGCCACCAAGUGCUCUCCAGAAGCAAUCACAAGACUGAGGACUGUCCUUUAACACAGAUUUGUAAAAGUGAGGUGAGACUUCUUAGCAACCACAUGGAAUAAUCUGCUUCCUACUUUGAACAGGAACUUGUUUUCUAAAGCUAAAAUACUUGAAUUGUCAGGCAGUAUAAUCUCAGUGUGUGUUAGCUUUUGAAUGAGCCUUUAAGGAAGUGUAACAAUCCAUGAAAUGUGAAUAAAUGGAAAGUUGAAAAACCAG